AUGACGACGGUAGAGCGCUACGCAAAUCCAGACUUUUGGGAUGCUCGCUUUCAAGGUUCUGAGGGUCUUUUUGACUGGUAUGCGACUUAUGCAGAGUUGAAAGAUACCUUUGAAGAGUUUUAUCCUGCGGAGCAGUCAAAGCAGAGCAGCCCAGUCCUGGUGGUGGGUUGUGGAAAUUCUGCCUUCUCAUCAGAGCUCUAUGCUGCGGGAUAUUUGCACAUUACAAGCAUAGACAUCUCUGCCUCGGCCAUCUCAAAGAUGCAAGAGCAAUUCAAUUUGCCAGGCAUGAGCUGGCAAGUCAUGGAUGCAACGGCAAUGUCUUUCCAAGAUGGUACCUUCAAUCUGGCAGUGGACAAAGGAACUUUAGAUGCCAUGAUGACGUCUGGAAGUGACGAGAUUGCCGGAGCGACCUUCAUCAACAUGCUGCGUUCGAAGCUGCCCCCUGGUGCUCCCUUGCGCGAUGCUUUUCAACAGCCUGAGCUGUUGCAAGAGGCGGGCGAAGAGGCAAAGCAAGCUUUGAGGAAGAUGGCUUUCAUAGAUGCCUUCAGAGUCUUCAAAGCAAGGAAGCGUGCGCAAGCAGGACUGUCAAGAACGGAGCUUGUACAAGCUGAAGAGGAGCCAGUGCCGGUUCUGCGUGGACCACUUGCUUUUGGAUCACGUUGUUUUCCCCUAUGGCGCAAGACUUUUACACACCUGUUCCGACGGAGCAAUGUAAGUUCCAACCUGCUCCUUGGAUCGUUUCUUUAG